CUAUUCAUGUUUUCAAUCAGCAUUAUGAGGAAUUUUUGCAUCCACUUUAUAUUUUAGCAUAUUAUAUUCAUCCAGAAUAUAGAGGAAAGGAUUUAAAAGAUAAUGGAUUUCAUAAAGCAGCUCUUACCUCUCUUGAGCUUUGGCAAAAUCUUGAACAUAUUCAAUCUGAAGAUGAAGAAUUAGUUGCAUAA